AUGUUGCAAGAGAAUCGUAGCUAUGCAGAAAUGGGAAGUUUUUUACCGCCAUACUCCACUGAGUUUGGCUACGGUCUUGGUCCGGAAAGCUUGUUACAAAGUGCACCACCACCACCCCGCAUGGGAGGUAGCGAUGUCGGGGAAAAGCCGAAGAUACUACUCAUGGGACUUCGACGAAGUGGCAAGUCAUCAAUUCAAAAGGUUGUAUUCCACAAAAUGGCCCCAAAUGAGACGCUGUUCCUAGAAAGCACCCACAAAAUAGAGAAAAAUGACGUGUCGGAGUGUUCAUUUAUCAAGUUCCAGAUCUGGGAUUUCCCGGGUCAUGUGAAUUUUUGUGACGAAAUGUUCCAAUCUGAUGCAAUCUUUUUGGCCUCUUGUGCCAUAAUCUUCAUUAUUGAUGCUCAGGAUGACUAUCACGAAGCGCUUUGCUCUUUGCAUUCCACCCUGGAAACUGCUUUUCGUCACAAUACGAAUAUCAAAUUUGAAGUAUUCAUUCACAAGGUAGAUUGUUUGAACGAUGACCAGAAAAUCGAUAUUCAACGGGAUAUCACACAACGUGUCACGAGUGCGGUCGAGGAUUUGCUUUGUGAACACGGAGCUGCCGGUGGUAUCAGUAUCGGGACACCUGAAGCAGUGUGCCACAAAAUAGACUAUCUGAUUCUAGGUCGUUAG